AAUAAAUAGUCAAUCUGACGUUGUCAUUUCUAUAAUUUCAUUCAUUUUUGUAAGAGUGAUUUGUAUUUUUUAGUUAAUUUUACAAACAACUAAUAAACCAUGUCUGUAAACAAGUACAGAGCACAACAGUUAAAUAAACAUAUUUCAAUUAAAACGCCUUAUAAUAAACAUAAGAGGACCAAGAAAUGGUACGGUACGGAGGACCCAAGCAAACUACCACCGUUCAACUGGAUUGAAACUGCCAAGAUUUACAACCACAAUUACGAAAAGGUACCAAUAGAAUGGUUGCUGGAUAGUGCUAAUAUCCUAGUACUAUACUUCUCCAUGCGAGACAGCGACAGGAGUGACAAUAUCAUGUCACAAUUCUACGAAUUCUAUGAAAACGCGAGAUUUAAGAAUCUGCCCAUAGAAGUUAUCAAUAUACCCAUGGAUGAAACCAGAGAGGACAUGUGCAUCAGUUAUGCGGAACAAGCUAAUUGGUUUACUCUCUUGUUUGGCGACCCUAUUAUAAUCACUCUUCAGUACAAACAUGGGGUCACAUCUGUUCCUCACCUUGUAGUAACACGACCAGAUGGCUCCAUGGUCUCCAGUCAUGGAAUUUUGGACCUUGACGAAUUUGGAAGAAACGCAUUAAUUGCUUGGCUAUCAGUAGCAGUACAUACCAAGCAAUCUAAGAAAUUGAGUAAAGAAACGAAGAUGUAUGGACCGAAAUGGAAUUAUUUGAACGCAGGAGUCGGGAAGGCGAAGAAGCCUUACUAUAAAAGACAUUUUAGUACAGGAGGGCACACCCCUUCUACGGUUUUAGACGUAAAUGACGUAAAUACCUUAGUGGAAAAGGCUUUAAAAGCUGAGGAAAAGCAAGAUAAAGAAGAUCAUAAUAUAUGACUACUUGUGAAACAUGGAAUCCUGGUACCGAUACAGUUUGCAAGUUAUUGUACCAUAAUCUUAAUGUUAGCUGGUAUAUUCAUUUUCAUUAACAUUGGGCAAAUAUUUAUACACUAUUACAAUCGGAUUUUGAAUAGCGUUUUUUUCUUAUUUUGUUUAUUUGUUAUUAAUGUUUAACGCCAUUUUAGAUCAUUCUAACUCUUCUUAAUUUAGUAUUUAAUCCUUGGUUGGUUAU